AUGACCCUAAGACCGACCCCGACAACUUCGACUAUUGGUCCCGAGACGCAGUUCAAGCUGCUCUUCCUGGGUAGACAUGGAGAGGGCGUCCAUAAUGUUGCUGAGAGGAGGUAUGGGACUGAGCUUUGGGAUGUAUGUUUCCUUUCUUUUCCUUUCAGUUUCUUACGCUCUUUCUCUUUGUUUGGCUCUGCAGGAUUCCAUGACCAUGAUCCAAUUCUAGCCUGGUUUACCGUACAUUCCAUAUCUUUGAUACUAAUGAAAAGGGGGGAAAAGUGCUACUGGUCUCUCCAAAACGGCGACGAAACAGGCACCUGGGUCGACGCCCGUCUCACUCCGCUGGGAAUCUCCCAAGCCGAAACAGCCAACCAGGCCUGGAGAACACAGAUCCAAAACAACAUCCCCUCCCCACAGUCCUACUACGUGAGUCCCCUGAACCGGUGUCUAGCGACCGCUAGCAUCACCUUCAAGGACCUAGGGUUACCGCAUACGGAACCUUUUCGGCCUGUGAUUAAAGAGCUCCUCCGCGAAACACUCGGCCUGCACACCUGCGACAGCCGAUCUAGUAAAACGGCCAUCGCGGAGGAAUACCCACUGUACCGAUUCGAAGAGGGCUUUGCGGAAGAAGAUCCGCUGUAUGACCCUGAGCUCCGGGAGUCGGACUUUGCGCGGGAUGUCCGGCUCCGGGAGCUCUUGUCUGAUGUGUUUGCGCAUGAUGCCAGUACGGUUGUUUCGUUGACGGCGCAUUCGGGGGCUAUUACGAGUAUUUUGGAGGUGGUGGGGCAUCGGCGGUUUGCGUUGAUGACGGGCGCGGUUAUUCCAGUGCUGGUUAGGGGGGUGAGGGUUGAGGGGCCGAGUCCCCCUGUGCAGGUUGAGCCGCCGACGAGGGCGCCUGUCUGUCCUGCGGGUUGGGUUUAG